GGAGGAACGAGAUUACAUUACAUUAGGAUUUACAGAGGAUCUGGCAAGCCUUGAUGGAACGAUAGGUACAGAUAGAAAUAGUCACUAAUUAUUAUUAUCAGUUAAUGAUAGUAAAUUAUAUAUUAAUAACUAUUAUUAGUCAAUAGUUAUUACUCAAUAAUUCUAAUACAGUAUAAGUAGUUAGCCAACUGACCUCUCUGGAUUCCAAGGUGCCGGGCUAGUACUAGAAGCGAGGUCCUAAACAAGCAAGGUAGCCUGGUUAUAUUAGAACGGGCGGUUAACUCGCCGGAGGAUACGAUUGGUACUAUAACUUGGUACGAUUUUCCAAGCUCGUUUUGUGUUAUGGAAGGUUAAAAAUAUUAAAAAAACAGCAUUCUCUAACAUUUAGGAGGCAUUUUCCACAUUUUUGACCGUUAAUAACUCGAAAAGGUUUGGAAAAUUGCUUAAAGUGAACUUCAGUGCACAAAAAUCACGCACAAUUUUGGGCGUUUUUUAAUUUAUAACUUUCGUUUCAGCAUGUGGUUCUUGCUGGGCCUUCAGCGCUACUGGUUCCCUUGAAGGACAACAUUUUAAGAAGACAGGAAAUCUUGUCUCACUUAGCGAACAAAAUCUCGUGGAUUGCUCGACAGAAUUUGGCAACGCUGGCUGCAUUGGUGGCUGGGUUCCCUAUGCUUUUAAUUAUAUCAAAGCCAAUGGCGGCAUUGACACUAAUGCCAGCUACCCGUACAAAGCCAACAAUGGAACAUGCAAGUUUAAAAAAGGGAAUUCUAUUGGUGCAAACAUCACAGGUGAAUAUUUUAUCUUUCAUAUCCUUGUGCGAUUGGCGUACUUG